CUGCUCCGUCGCGGAUGCCAGGGGCGUGGUAGGAAUUCUGGGCCCCGGGCCAUUCAAGGUCAGGGGCGUACGCCUCUGUCCUGGGCGUCUCCUGCUCGGGGCCUGCGCCUGGCCGGGGACUCUGCCUUUCUUCUGCAAGGCCGGGGCACCUCUAGCCCAAUCUGGGGUACCAGUUGAGGAAAGAUCGCUUUGCCAGUGGAGAUUCAGCCUAAACCAGGAAGCGGACAGGGCUGACAGGGGCUGGGAUACGGGCCUUGUCACUUACCCUUCUCUCUGUAAACCUCUGUCUACUCCCAAGAGUUGCCUUUGACUCUUUCUUCCUUCUUUCCUUCCCUCCUUCCUCCCUCUUUUUUUCUUGUUUACCCCUUCCUUUUUUCUUUCCUUAAUUUUCUUUCACCUUCAGUCUGUGUCCAGUUUUCUUUCUGUCUCCUCCCCAACUAUUCCUUUGGGAGGAACUGGGGGAAGAGAUACAGGGCUUGUUUAGGGAGAGCGAGGUGUGGGGUGUCUUAUUUUUCCAUGCGUGUUCAAGCAGAGGUGGGAAUCUGCUGAGGAAGAGCUGGAGGGGCGCGGCUGUCUAGGGCUGUGGAUCUCGGCCUGGUGUGCUGUGGCCCAGACAAGGCCUCGGUUAUGAUCACGACCGGAUGGCGGCGGCCUGGCGUUCCUACUCCGCGGGUCCUGAACGGCAGCUUAGGCAAUCUGAUUGGGGGGAAUUCUCGUCGUUUUUGUGUGCCCAUUCCGAGGGCAAGGAGGCCUUCGCUGACUUCAAUGGGGAGAUGAGGCUGAGUCCUGGCCUCAGCCAGGCCCGGUGGACCAACACGCAGGGAACUGCCACAAAGCUUCCUCUGCUUUCCCGGCCUGCUGGUCCAGGCUCCGGCUUUAAUCGCGAUAAGGGAGCCCCGCUAGGGCAAAGAUUGGCUGUUUGCUUGCCAGUAGCUUCUAUCAGGGUCAGAGGAUGUUAGAUAUGGCAUCCUUGUGGGGACAUUACUAGAGAAGGGAAUCGUUCCAGUGCCAGUGUGUUUCAAAUAAUAGGGGAAAGGAAGCCUAAAUUGUAGACACCGAGUCCGCCUUCCAAGUUGUAGGCCACGGUUUGAAGCCAAUGGGGCCAUUCUUGCUACCGAGAACUGAAAACAAUUUCCACCCCUGGGAAUCCAACACGCCUGCGGGCCUUCAGGCUCAAGCACACGAAACAGCGCUUCCCUCCCCAGCUCCAGCAGCCCAGAAACUAUUCACUGCCCAGCCUGCCCUCCUGUUAUCGGAAAGGCUGUCACAGGGCAUUCUCCUCAAUUCCUCUCUGCCAUUUUCAGGAUUUGAGUAGUGGAUUCGUUUUGGAGGCAAAGGUUUUUGAACUCUCAGGCUAGAAAAGGCAGUUUGUAAUUACACCCAUUUAUUGUUUCUUUAUGCACACAUAAUCUCUUUCACCUCCAAAAUAAAAGCAAACACAAAAGCCUGAAUAUUCUCUCCCUAAACCUGUGGGCUAAAUAGAGAUAAUAUUUAGUUUUGCGAUUUCCCCUUUUUCCUGACACCAGUAAGGACUGCUUAAUUCUCAACGCGGGAUAAUUAUUUAGAAGCCAUUCUAUUGGGAAAGUCUAAGGUUAUUUAAAACAACAUAGCCUGUUUUAUUUUAAACAUUACUAACAAUAAUAGGUGUCUUCUCUGGUUACCAGAAAAAAAAAAAAAAGGAAAAGGCAACCAGGCGUGUCCAGCCUGUUUGUAGACAAUUACAAUUAGGGGUGAAGGUUUCCUCCAGAGUUAAUUUUUCUUAAUGAAAAUCUAAGGGGUCGAUAUUUAGGACACCCUGGGCUGCAGUGGGGGUGGGGAUACCGGCGGAGGAAUUUACAAGGAAAGGAAAAUAUUAGGGAGGAGGGGGCUGAGGCGGCCAGGAUCGGCCACGUCGGAGUUCAUUGUGUCGGCCACUUCCCUCUUCCGGCGCGGGCAGAGGAAGGGGCACCCGGUGGCUCUCUGCGCGGCUCCGCAGCCUCAUUCUCUGGGAGAGCCUGGCAUUUGCGGGUUCCCGCCUGGGACAGGGAUGUAUCAGGAUUUGGGGGGGAUUACUGGAACUGUUGGGGAGGAUGAAGGAAAAACAGAAGAUGGAAGAGACCGAUGCCGCUCGCCCGCCCUCGCCGCCAGGGAAGAGGGCUAAUGAGAAACACACUUUUGCAGGCACAGUGUUCACACGUGAAUUUAAUUACCCCUUUUUAGGAGUCGCCUCUUUCUGUUCGGAUUGGGGGUAGGUUUUGUUUUUUGUUUUUUUUUCUCAAUUAACAUACAGGCUGAGGCCUUUUAAUUUACCUCUGAAAGACUCUAAGGAGUAAGAAAUACCUUCCUCAAUUUGGCCAAGCUGAGAAAUAGGAUUAAAAGUCAAUGUCCUGUGCCCCUCCCUGUUUUAAUUUCUAGCCCUGGACUUGAUCUGCAGCCCGGAGUUUUGGGCCUUGUAACUGCAGAGCCGUGGGUCGGGUGGGUAACCUAGGCGGGUCCAGGAUAGUGGUCAGAAAGGAAGGAGCCCAGAAGAACUCACACAGGGGGCCCAGAGGCUAACCGCUCCGGUGCCGGCUUCCCAGCUACUAGAGUCAAGGGGUCUCUUAGGCGGAGCUGCUUUUUCGCCAGAGAACUCGCCUUUCAUUGAUCCUGCCUCGUGUUUUUUCGCAGCUCGGGUUCAGGGAAUGACCCUGAUAGAAGCUACGAGGCUUGCAGAGCUCAGCGUUAGGGCCUCCAAGGUCGGAACACACGGCUGGGACGCCUGUUGGGUCUGCCGGGGCUGUGGAUAGUGAUGCCGGCGGACCGCGAGCGGGGCGGGGUGGUCAUGCGUAUACGCGGGGAGGGAGCCGAGCGCGGGGCGCAAUCAGGUCCUGAAAUCCAUCGCCCCAGGGAGGACUGGCCGCUGUCUCCCUGGCCGUUCCUCGGUGGGGCCCUCGCUGGAGGCUCAGCGGCGAUUUUGGGAGCUGCCCGGGCGCCCUGCGCUCCAGUUGGGCAGAUGCCGGGGGCGUUCACAACUGAUGCUGCCUUCUCGGUGGCCUGUCCCUGUCCAGCGCGCUCCGGCAGAGGUGGUGGUGGCUCAGUCUGGGACGGAUACUGCGUUGAAUUUGACUUUUCUCGACCAGCCCCGGUUGAUAGAGAAAAACAGCCCAGCGAAGGCGCCUUCUCCGAAAACAAUCCUGAGAAUGAGAGCGGCGGAGACAAGCCCCCCAUCGAUCCCAGUAACCCGGCUGCCAACUGGCUCCAUGCUCGCUCCACGCGGAAGAAACGCUGCCCCUAUACAAAACACCAAACGCUGGAACUGGAGAAGGAAUUUCUGUUCAACAUGUACCUCACCCGGGACCGCAGGUACGAGGUGGCCCGACUGCUCAACCUUACGGAGAGGCAGGUCAAGAUCUGGUUCCAGAACCGCAGGAUGAAAAUGAAGAAAAUCAACAAGGACCGAGCAAAAGACGAGUGAUGCGACUCGAGUUCAUUUAGAAAAGAGAGAGUGAGCUAGAGAGAAAGAAUUGCCCGUCCCCUUCUCCUACCCCGACCCCACCCCAGCCUACCCCAGCCUCCACCACCCCACACAAGGCGGUUGGAAACUCCAGGCCUCAUGUCCUAGGCAAACCCUGUUCAGGCUGGUUCCUUGGCCUGCCACUUUAAUGGAGGAGGUAUUGUAAGCUUUCCAUUUUCUAUAAGAUUAAAAAAAAAAAAAAAAAAAAAGGUGGGGGCAUUAGCGCUGAUGGCUCUAUGUGCUAGCUUGUAUAUAUUAAAAAAAAAAAAAUCUACCUGUUCCUGACU